AUGGCGCAAUCAGACGACGAGGAUGACUACAUGAACAUGGUUUUCGAGGAUGCGCCCAAAGGCCCAAAAUUCGAAACGUCACUCCAGCGCGCAGCUCGCAAACGCAAAGAGGGUGAAGCAAAAGCGCGACAGAAGACCAAGGCCGAGCGCAGGGAGGAAGCAGAGGCAGCUCGCGAGGCAGCGCUUGCCACAGCUCUACCCGAGACCAACAAAGGAUUCAAGAUGAUGGCUAAAUUUGGCUUCAAGCAGGGCGACUCACUGGGCAAGUCUGAAGAUGCGCGUAAAGACCCUAUACAGGUCAACAUAAAGGAAGACCGAGGAGGUAUAGGCCUGGAGUCUGAGAAGAAGCGCAAGUUCAGAGAACAGUUUGCAGAGGCUGAAAGGCUCGCCAAGCGCUCCAAAGAAGAGGAAGGCGACUACCUGGAGAUGCGGCGUCAAGAACAGAAGGAGAAGAAGCUAGAGAGAGACCUGGACAACGCUCAAAGAACGGCCGAGCGACUGCAUGAUAAGGCAGCAGAGGAGAAGGGAACCCCAGAGCCGGUCGAAAAGCCGCUCAAGGAUAUCAACGUCCUCUGGCGUGCCCGCGCUCGACGACGAGUCGAGAAAGAGCAUGAAAAGCAACAGCGCCGUGAACUGGAGAACAGCCUUUCGUCCCGAUUGCCGACACUGGCUCCUGAAGACGACGAUAACGAUUCCAAGGUGGCACAGGGAUCCGGAGCUUGCAGAGUUCGAGGCCUUGCCGGUCUCGGAGCGCUUGCAUAA